AUGCAGGUAGCUGGGUGUGUGCUGCUGUUGCUGCUCUUCCACCUGCGGCUGUUACUGUCUGGCGUUGAUGCUCAGACCGGUGGAUCCUGCGAUGCAGUCCCGGUGCCACAGCGACUGGAUUGCCACCCUGAGCCCUUUGCCUCUGAGGAUGCCUGUCGGGCUCGAAAUUGCUGCUGGAGCAUCCUGGACAAAGAUCGCACCAUUGCGUGCUUUUUCCCCGCCAAUUAUCCCACCUACGAAGCCGCCUCCCUCGUGCGUACAGAACGAGGUUACGCAGUAGAAGCAAAGCGCUCAAAAUCAGCUUAUCCUGUUCCAGCACCAAUUGAGACGAUAAGGCUUGAUGUUUCCUAUGAAACUGCCAGUCGUCUGCGUAUAAGGUUAACCGAUUCCUCCAAGAUGCGCUGGGAACCGCCCAUUGAACUAGGUCCGCCAGAUGCGGGCCCACUCCCGCACAAGGACUACCUGGUUGAAGUCGACACCAGUCGACUAGGCGUCCGGGUGAAGCGUAACAAUGGUCUCAACACUACUCUUAUUGACUCCACAAAUCUGAUGGCUAGUGCCCUAGUCUACGGCGACCAGUUUCUGCAAAUGGCUUUCGCUGUGAAUGCGGAUCACGGGUUUGGUCUGGGAGAGCGGGAGGACACAUUUCCAUUAGACUUGCAUGACUGGCGACGAAUGGUCUUUUGGACACGGGACCAGGUACCCCGUAAGGAUGCCAAUCUCUAUGGGGUUCAUAACUUCUUCCUCGGUCUUGCUGCGGAUGGGACCUCGUUUGGGCUCUUCCUUCUCAACAGCAAUGCCAUGGAGGUGGUAAAGCAGCCCGCGCCUUCCCUGACCUAUCGGGCACUGGGUGGAAUUUUGGAUUUCUUCCUUUUCACUGGACCUCGACCCGCUGAUGUAGUUGCCCAAUACUACGAGCUGAUUGGUCGUCCUCCCGUGCCGCCUUAUUGGGCCCUGGGGUUCCAGCUGAGUCGUUACGGAUAUGGGAACUUAACCGAAAUCCGGGCCACAAUUGAGCGUAACAGGAAAGCAGGCGUUCCCUUGGAUGUUCAAUGGUUCGAUAUCGACUACAUGGACCGAUUCAGGGACUGGACAGUUGGACAGAAAUUUGCUGAUCUGGGAACGUUCAUUGAGAAGGACUUACAUAAGGAACUGGGUCUACAUGCCGUGCUGAUUGUGGAUCCUGCUAUCCCCAGCAAUGCUGGCGAGGACUAUGUGCCAUACACUUCAGGCUUGGCUGCGGGAGUGUUUAUAAAUGACAGUCGGUCUGGAAAACCUCUAGUGGGCACUGUGUGGCCUGGAGAAACGGUUUACCCGGAUUUCUUGAAAAACGAAACUUAUGAGUGGUGGUUCCAACUGGCAAAAGAUUUCCGAGAAAAAGUCCCCUAUGAUGGUCUAUGGAUCGACAUGAACGAACCGGCAAAUUUCAACGCUGGCUCUAUGACAGGCUGUGAAGCUUCAAACAGCCUGGAUAAUCCACCUUACGUGCCCCCAAUAACCGGCUACUCUCUAUUCGCCUCCACGAUCUGCCCCUCCGCCCUGCACCAGUGCAUUCCACAUUAUAAUGUUCACAAUAUAUACGCACUUUAUGAAGCCAAGGUCACUCGUGAGGCCCUGCUCCACAUCAACCCAAACCAGCGUCCCUUUCUGCUAACGAGAUCCUCCUUCGCUGGAUCUGGACGUUACACUUACCACUGGACGGGAGAUGUCUACUCCACUUGGCAAGCCCUAGCGAGUUCUCUGGUACAGAUGUUGAAUUUCAAUCUGUACGCCAUGCCUAUGGUGGGUGCAGACAUCUGUGGUUUUGUAGGUGACACGACGGAGGAGUUGUGUGUGCGCUGGAGUCAAUUGGGCGCUUUCUAUCCUUUCGCGCGAAAUCACAACGGUCUGGGAUCCCGCCUCCAGGAUCCCGCUGCCUGGUCUGCCCCAGCCACACAAGCCAUCGCAAAGGGUUUCGCGCUCCGGUACCAAUUCCUGCCUUAUCUUUACACCCUCCUUUACGAAGCUAACCUUGUGGGCAGGACGGUGGCCCGUGCUCUCUUCCUCGAAUUUCCAAAUGACUUGGCCACGCACAUGAUUGACAAGCAGUUUCUUUGGGGUUCUUGCCUUAUGGUGGUGCCAGUGAUGCGAGAGGGCGCCCGUUCCGUGUACGCCUAUUUGCCGGAGGGCCGAUGGGUUGAUGUGCACACCCUGCGAGCCUUUCAGAGCCGGGGACAGUGGUUUGCGGUUUCAGCGCCCCUCGACACUAUUCCACUCUUCUACCGUGGCGGCUGCGUCCUGCCCAUGCAUCCGGCCGGCGCAAUGAACACUGCCUACGCAAGGCAGAUGGGUGUGGGGCUGACAACUGUCCUAUCCGAAGUGGAUGGCAAACAGACGCUGGAAGAGGUUGGAGGAAAAGGAAAUGCGACCGCAGUCGGGCAACUAAUAUGGGACGAUGGCGUGUCGCAAGCACCGGUGCUACUUCACAUUUCCUGCAGUGUUAGUCAGCGCCAACUCACGUGUGAGCCGCAGGUCCUCAAUCCACUUCCCUUGGAGGAACCAGUAAACCUAGCCUUUGUGAAGAUCAUCGGACUCGAGAAGAGCCCCCGUGAGAUUGAGCUGAACGGAACCCAGGUUAAAUUUGACUACAACAAGGAGGAGCAAAUGGCAACUGUUACAAAUUUGACCAACACUGAUUUACGCUAUUUAUUAAUUCUUUCAUGGGCUUUCUGA